AUGCCGUUCGCACAGCUUGUCUUGGGCAGCCCAGGCGCUGGGAAGAGUACCUAUUGCGACGGCAUGCACCAGUUCAUGGGCGCAAUAGGCAGACAGUGUUCAGUUGUUAAUCUCGACCCUGCGAACGACAAGACAAGUUAUCCAUGCGCUCUAGACAUCCGCGACCUCGUCACGUUGGAGGAGAUCAUGGGCAACGACAACCUGGGGCCGAACGGCGGGGUUCUCUACGCCCUCGAGGAGCUGGAACAUAAUUUUGAGUGGCUCGAGGAGGGGCUGAAAGAGUUGGGCGAGGAUUAUAUUCUCUUCGACUGUCCCGGCCAGGUCGAGCUCUACACGCAUCACAACUCCUUACGCAACAUCUUCUUUAAGCUCCAGAAGAUGGGGUUCCGGUUGGUCGUCCUACACCUCUCCGACAGUUUCUGCUUGACCCAGCCUUCACUCUACCUGUCCAACCUCUUGCUCGCGCUCCGAGCCAUGCUGCAGAUGGAUCUGCCACACAUCAACGUCCUCACCAAGAUCGACAAAGUCUCAUCAUAUGACCCGUUGCCUUUCAAUCUCGAUUUUUACACCGAAGUGCAAGAUCUCUCGUAUCUCCUGCCGAGCCUUGAGGAAGAGUCGCCUGCGCUGCGAAGCGAAAAGUUCAAGGCGCUAAACGAAGCGGUCGCAAAUCUGGUGGAAAGCUUUGCCUUGGUUCAGUUCGAGGUUCUGGCUAUCGAGAACAAGAAGAGUGUGAUGCACUUACUGAAAGUAAUCGACCGUGCAGGCGGAUAUGUUUUCGGGGGCGCGGAGGGAGCCAACGACACUGUCUGGCAGGUUGCGAUGCGAAACGAACCGUCCAUGCUUGAUGUCGAGGACAUACAAGAGCGAUGGGUUGACCAGAAGGAUGAGUAUGAUGCAGCUGAGGCUAAGGUGGAGGAAGAACAGGCCAGGCUCAGAGAAGAGAGCGCGGGCCCGAUGGGACAGGCUGGUGUUGAUGACCCUGAUUUCGACGACAUGCCCAUGCCGCUUGCUUCAGAGUUAGGCGUCAAGGUUACUCGGAAGAAGAAAUGA